UGGCUCAUCCAGAUCCCUUCCUUUUCCCCAAGCGUGGUCAUAACAAGGGAUUUGGAGACCAAAAGACCUGUAAAGUAGCUACAGAUGAGCAAGCCAGCCAGGGUGGCCUCUGCUUCGGUCACAAGAAUGACUGGACCUGGGACUGGGGGCAAAGUCAGAAAAAGGGAGCCAGGGUUCCUCCUGGAGGGGGUAGGGGUGCAGUGGAUGUUGAAGUCAGCAGCAAGGCUCUAGGAAAGGGGAGUCUGAGGGAAGCUACAGUUGUCUCUUCAUCUCUCUUGCCUGCCCUCCCCUUCCUUCCCUCCCUCAUUCAAACAAGUGGCUCUCACAAGGAGUUGCUGAAGCUGCUUUGAGUGGGGCAGUGAGAUCCGCCGACCGAAGGCUAGAGUAAGGAGUCAAGGAAGCCAAAGAGGUGGAGUUGAUUGACCCUUUGUGAGGUGUGGUCCAGAAAAAGUGGCGAGGAAUGGGCUGAGCGCUCUGAGCUUAGCACCAUUCCCUGUUCCCUGGUUAGCUGGAGACUGGGCUAUCCGUGGCCCCCACACUUGACUAAGGCACAGCGAGAGAGUUUCCGAAGCACCCCUGAUCCUGGAAUCUCCAUCCUGGGCUGGGGUAGGGUGGGGCUUUUCCCUCCCUAGCCUGGCUCCUGCCUCCCGUGCCAGUGCCCGACGGUGAAACGCUGUUGACAUGUCCUGAAUUAUUAAGCACGGGGUGGGCUCCAGAGCACAUGCUGAGCGGAGCGGCUGGGGCUGCGCGGCGUGGUGGAGCAGCGCUUGCUCCCUCGCUCACUCGCUUGCUCGCAGGGACACACGCAGGGGCUGACAGCUGUGCGGGUGCUGAUAAGGGAAGCCACAAGGAGACGAUCGAGGAGAGAGACAAGCGGCAGCAGAGGCAGCAGCGGCAGAGGCAGCGCCGGGGCUGCGGAGCUGCUGGGAGUGGGAGUGACGCCCCCACCUCGGGCCCCCACCCUGUCCCCAUCCUUCUCCUGGUUGCCCUGAGUUUAGAAGAGCAGCCGCUGCCACCAUCACCACUCCGGAGGGCACCAGGGCUGCUGUCCAGGGAGGGACAGAGCAGUGAGGCUCUGGCCAGUCCCAGCAGCCGGGGACAGAUGCCGAUCGAGAUUGUGUGCAAAAUCAAAUUUGCUGAGGAGGAUGCAAAACCCAAGGAGAAGGAGGCAGGGGAUGAGCAGAGCCUCCUGGGAGCUGCUCAGGGGCCAGCAGCCCCUCGGGACCUGGCCACCUUUGCCAGUACCAGCACUCUGCAUGGGCUGGGCCGGGCCUGUGGCCCUGGUCCCCAUGGACUGCGCAGAACCCUGUGGGCACUGGCCCUACUCACCUGCCUGGCUGCCUUCCUGUACCAGGCAGCCAGCCUGGCCAGGGGCUACCUGACCCGGCCUCACCUGGUAGCCAUGGACCCUGCUGCCCCAGCCCCAGUGGCGGGUUUUCCGGCUGUCACCCUCUGCAAUAUCAACCGCUUCCGGCACUCGGCACUCAGCGAUGCUGAUAUCUUCCACCUGGCCAAUCUGACAGGGCUGCCCCCCAAAGACCGGGAUGGGCACCGAGCAGCUGGCCUUCGCUACCCAGAGCCUGACAUGGUAGACAUCCUCAACCGCACUGGCCACCAGCUUGCUGACAUGCUCAAGAGCUGCAACUUCAGUGGGCACCACUGUUCCGCCAGCAACUUCUCUGUGGUCUAUACUCGCUAUGGCAAGUGUUACACCUUCAAUGCAGAUCCUCAGAGUUCACUGCCCAGCAGGGCAGGUGGCAUGGGUAGUGGCCUGGAGAUCAUGCUAGACAUCCAGCAGGAGGAAUACCUACCCAUAUGGAGGGAGACAAAUGAGACGUCAUUUGAGGCAGGGAUCCGGGUGCAGAUCCACAGCCAGGAGGAGCCUCCCUACAUCCACCAGCUGGGGUUCGGUGUGUCCCCAGGCUUCCAGACUUUUGUGUCCUGCCAGGAACAGCGGCUAACUUAUCUGCCCCAGCCUUGGGGCAACUGCCGGGCGGAAAGCGAGCUCAGGGAGCCUGAGCUUCAGGGCUACUCAGCCUAUAGUGUGUCUGCCUGCCGACUGCGCUGUGAGAAGGAGGCCGUGCUUCAGCGCUGCCACUGCCGGAUGGUGCACAUGCCAGGCAAUGAGACCAUCUGCCCGCCAAAUAUCUACAUUGAAUGUGCCGACCACACACUGGACUCCCUGGGUGGGGGCUCUGAGGGCCCGUGCUUCUGCCCCACACCCUGCAACCUGACUCGUUAUGGCAAAGAGAUCUCCAUGGUCAAGAUCCCCAACAGGGGCUCAGCCAGGUACCUGGCGAGGAAGUACAACCGCAACGAGACCUACAUACGGGAGAACUUCUUGGUCCUGGAUGUUUUUUUCGAGGCCCUAACUUCUGAAGCCAUGGAACAGCGAGCUGCCUAUGGCCUGUCAGCCCUGCUGGGGGACCUUGGGGGACAGAUGGGUCUGUUCAUUGGGGCUAGCAUCCUCACCUUGCUAGAGAUCCUUGACUACAUCUAUGAGGUCUCCUGGGAUCGGCUCAAGAGGGUGUGGCGAAGGCCCAAGACCCCACUGCGGACAUCCACUGGGGGCAUCUCCACUUUGGGGCUACAGGAACUGAAGGAACAGAGUCCCUGUCCAAGCCGGGGCCGUGCUGAGGGUGGGGGGGCUAGCAGCCUGCUUCCCAAUCAUCACCACCCCCACGGGCCUCCAGGAAGCCUCUUUGAAGACUUUGCUUGCUAGGAUGGUGCUGUGUGGGGAAAGUACCCAUGAAACUGGGACUCUACGAAGACCCCACACAUCUCCUACUCCUGGGACAGAAGGUCUGGGGCAGCCCAGGGCUAAGGGAAAGGGCGGUGCUCACUGAGAGGCCAGGACUAGGGUCCUGCUCUCCCUAACCCAGGCUCAGCUGCCUUACACAAGGGUCCUUCUUGUCUACACUCCCUGCUCCCAAGCAGGUGUCCAGGAAGGGCUGGAGACCAGACUAGAGGUCCCUGAGGAGGGGAGGGAGGAAGAGAGGGGAGGGUGGAACCCUGGCAGAGCCCCUCUGUACAUUUGUAUAUAGUUAGGGACUGGGUGGGGGUGGGACACAGACAGAGAAGGGUGGGGCUGCAGGGGAGGGUGACAUAGGAUAGUCAGGGUCCCAGCCCUAAUGGCAGCAGGCCACUCCGUGGGACCCAGGCAUGCUGGGCUGGUUUGAGUUCCCUCUUUCCAGGCCCAGCCCCCUCUUGGCAGGGGGAAUGGGUGGCCCAGCAGGCCUGGUCCAGCUCCCUGUUCCCCCCGUAGCAGCCCCACCACAAGUCCCCUUCAUGGGGAGUGGGUGGAAAGACCUUUCUGACCUUGGCUGAGCUUAGGGGGAGGGGGAGUGGCCUUCUUAGGCCCUGCCCCCUAGAGACUGGUUUUACAAAGUGCUGGUGAAAUUGGGAAUAAAGAGGCACAAAGAA